CAACUUUAUGAGGUGUUGCUGGGGGCCAAGGCGGUUGCCGACGUUUACCUACUGGCAAAGUCCGCCUCUGUCUUUCUGUUGCCUGUUCUCAGAGUUUCGCUGGUGUGUUACAGGAGCUGGAGAUAGUAACACACACUGGCUUAGCAGACAGUGAGUGUGUUGGAUUAAGAUGUUAAGACUAGCAUGGGGGCGGGCGGUGUCAAAAAAUAGCCGUGGGGAGCCUGUUCGUCUGCUAAGUGUAGUUUUGGGGGGAUUGGACAGUCCCCUGCAGAUCUCCGGGGGUAAUACCAGGGGUGUCGGACAAACUCCUCACCUGCCAACAAGCGACAAGUCCCCGCUCCUCCUUCCCCGGCCCGCGCGCUGCCGAUUCAGUUCCUCUGCUACUGUGAACAUGGCAUCAGGGAACGAAGAGCCAUCAUCCAGUCCUCCCAGACACACCAACAGGUUAGCCAAGGAGAGGUCACCCUACCUGCUGCAGCAUGCACACAACCCUGUUGACUGGUAUCCAUGGGGACAAGAUGCUUUUGACAAAGCCAAGAAUGAAGAUAAACCCAUCUUUCUGUCAGUGGGCUACUCAACAUGCCAUUGGUGCCAUGUGAUGGAGAGAGAGUCUUUUGAGGAUGAGGAAAUCGGCAGAAUCCUCAGUGAGAACUUUGUCUGCAUCAAAGUUGACCGAGAAGAGAGACCAGAUGUCGACAAGGUCUACAUGACUUUUGUACAGGCAACAAGUGGAGGUGGAGGAUGGCCCAUGAAUGUGUGGCUGACCCCUGACCUACGACCUUUCAUCGGGGGCACCUACUUCCCUCCCAGAGACCUAGGACGAAGACCAGGGCUCAAAACUGUCGCCAUCAGAAUUAUGGAGCAGUGGCUGAAUAACCGUGCUGCUUUGGAGUCGAGUGGCGAGAGAGUCCUAGACGCUUUGAAGAAAGGGACAGCCGUCGCUGCAAACCCAGGGGAGAGCCCUCCUCUGGCUCCAGACGUUGCUAAUCGCUGCUUUCAGCAGUUGACCCAUUCUUAUGAGGAGGAGUAUGGAGGCUUCAGAGAUGCUCCCAAGUUCCCCACACCAGUGAAUCUGAUGUUCCUCAUGACGUACUGGUCUGUGAAUCGCUCCACCUCAGAAGGGGUCGAGGCUCUCCAGAUGACGCUGCACACACUCCGCAUGAUGGCACUGGGAGGCAUCCAUGACCAUGUAGCGCAGGGUUUCCACCGGUACUCUACAGAUUCCUCCUGGCACGUUCCCCACUUUGAGAAGAUGCUGUACGAUCAGGCUCAGCUGGCGGUGGCCUAUAUAACUGCCUACCAGGUAUCGAACGAGCAGUUCUUUGCAGAUGUGGCCAGGGAUAUACUGCUCUACGUCUCCAGAGACCUGAGUGACAAGUCUGGAGGAUUCUACAGCGCAGAGGAUGCAGACUCUGUCCCAAUGUCAGGGGGGCCGGAGAAACGGGAGGGUGCUUUCUGCGUCUGGACGGCCUCAGAGGUUCGGGAGCUGCUGCCUGAUAUAGUGGAUGGAGCCGAUGGUGGCGCUACGCAGGCUGACAUCUUUAUGCAUCAUUAUGGGGUCAAGGAGCAAGGCAAUGUUGACCCAGAACAGGACCCCCACGGGGAGCUGCUCGGCCAGAACGUGCUGAUAGUGCGCUACUCGGUGGAGUUGACGGCUGCUCGUUUUGGCAUCAGCGUGGAGAAAGUCAACGAGCUACUGGCUUCUGCUCGGGCCAAGAUGGCAGAAGUGAGGAAGAGCAGGCCGCGCCCACAUCUGGACACCAAGAUGCUGGCCUCAUGGAACGGUCUGAUGUUGUCGGGCUACGCUCGCGUCGGAGCCGUGCUGGGGGACAAGGCCCUGCUGGAGAGAGCGGUGGAGGCCGCCAACUUCCUAAAGAAUCACCUGUGGGACACAGAGCAACAGACCAUCCUCCGAUCCUGUUACCGCGGAGACCAGAUGCAGGUGGAACAGAUAUCGCCGCCUAUCUCUGGUUUUCUGGACGACUAUGCCUUUGUUGUCUGUGGCUUGUUGGACCUGUAUGAGGCGACGCUGCAGACAGAGUGGUUGCAGUGGGCCGAGGAGCUGCAGCUGAAGCAGGACAUGCUCUUCUGGGACGUUCAGGGUGGAGGUUACUUCUGCAGCAACCCCAGUGACGCCACCGUUCUGCUGCAACUCAAGGAGGAUCAGGACGGAGCGGAGCCCAGUGCCAACUCGGUGUCGGCAUCCAACCUCCUGCGUCUGUCCCACUACACUGGGAGGCAGGAGUGGCUCCAGAGGUCCCAGCAGCUGUUGGCCGCCUUCUCCGAUCGCCUCACCAGGGUCCCCAUCGCCCUGCCUGACAUGGUCCGGAGUCUCAUGGCCCAGCACUACACGCUCAAACAGAUUGUGAUCUGUGGCCAGAGGGAUGCCCCAGACACCAACAGUCUGCAAGCAACAGUCAACUCCCUCUUUCUUCCACAUAAGGUCCUGAUGCUGGCCGACGGAGACACGGAGGACUUCCUGUACCAGCGCUUGCCCGUCCUCUCCUCCCUGUCCCAGCAGGGCGGCGCCGCCACAGCCUAUGUCUGCCAGGACUUCACCUGCGCUCUGCCCGUCACCGACCCCCAAGAACUGCGCCGGCUGCUGCUGGAUGAACACAUGCAGGCGGAAUUAGGAUGAAGGGAUAGACUGACUCCAGUUUAACAGGAUGGUUGUAAUCCCUGUAGACCACCAUCGUCCAAUACAUAACCCCCCGGCUACGCUAGAGUUAGCUUACUUUUCCUUACUGUGGCUAGCCAGUCUAGCUCUGCUAUGUAUUAGCAUCCCUUUAAAACUCUCUGUACGCUACAGUGGCGGCAGCAGGAGUGACUGAGGGCCGACUCGGGCCCCCAUCCCAUCACUAUUCCACACCUUUCGCUCUUAUAGUGUAGCGCUAGCCUGCUCUUCCGUAGCAAUACUAGUAGCCCACUCCUGUAUCAACCUAACAGUCUUUCAGAGAUACUUCAUCUAUCAGCUGGACUUUGUCAUGGUGGAAAUUCAGUUGUAGGAGACUAUUAAAGUCAGUAACUUCAGACAAUGUCUUUGUAAAGAUAUACGCACAAUCGCGCACCAGCAGUGGCAUCCUACUGAAAAUAUGUGUUGUCCCAGCUAGGGAGAAGAGUUUUAGCUUGACCAAGCCUAGAGGUGAAGUACAGACUUCCAACAGGCCGUUAUGGCCCGAGAACCACUAGGAUGAAUUGCACUGAGAAUUUCUUUUUAGGGUGAGCAGAAUCUGUUUUGGGUGAAGGCAGGCCUGUGUUCCAGCUCCCACUUGCAUGUCACAUGAAUAUGACAGUGGAAGCCUGUGUUUCCAUGUGGCUGGCUUGGUUUAGUGUGUUUCUGAAUGCAUGUGUGCAUUGUAUGUAAAUUUAUGGAGAAGGUCAGUACAUUUUGCUGUGUGUGUGUGUGUGUCUGUGUGUGUGUGUGUGUGUCUGUGUCUCCAUGUCACAGUGAAUGAGCUGUCCUCUGACGAGUCUCCGUUUACCAUCUGCUCUCAGCCCCAUUUAUUUGUCUGUUAUUUCACUAACUCACUGCAUCAUGAGAUGGUUGCUCUCCAUAGUGUAGUGCCCAAACUGUCUUUGAUCGUAAGGUAUGGACAACACCAACACACACCAUGUAUGCACACAGCAGCCCUUAAUCAAUAAAGAUGCUUCCUUUA